CGCCGCCGUGCCCAGCGCGGGGCCAGCGGCAGCCGGCGGCCGUGAGGCUCCCGCCGCCGCUGCCAUGGGCCGCCUCCCCGCCGCCGCUGCCAUGUCGGCCGCUUUCCUCAGCCCCAGCCUCGCCUUCAGCUCCCACUUCGACCCCGACGGCACCCCCCUUAGUGAGCUCUCCUGGUCCUCCUCGCUGGCCGUGGUGGCCGUUUCCUUCUCGGGGCUCUUCACCUUCAUCUUCCUCAUGUUGGCCUGCCUGUGCUGCAAGAAGGGGGACAUCGGCUUCAAGGAGUUUGAGAACGCCGAGGGGGACGACUACGUGACGGAGCUCUCGGCCCAGGGCUCGCCUGCCCCCCAGCAUGGCCCCGAGGUCUACGUCCUGCCCCUCACCAAGGUCUCCCUGCCCAUGGCCAAGCAGCCGGGGCGCUCAGUGCAGCUCCUCAAAUCGGCGGACCUGGGGCGGCAGAGCCUGCUCUACCUGAAGGAGAUCGGGCACGGCUGGUUCGGCAAGGUGUUCCUGGGGGAGGUGAACUCGGGCAUCAGCAGCACCCAGGUGGUGGUGAAGGAGCUGAAGGCGAGCGCCAGCGUGCAGGACCAGAUGCAGUUCCUGGAGGAGGCUCAGCCCUACAGGGCCCUCCAGCACACCAACCUGCUGCAGUGCCUGGCCCAGUGCGCCGAGGUCACCCCGUACCUGCUGGUGAUGGAGUUCUGCCCGCUGGGUGACCUGAAGGGGUACCUGCGGAGCUGCCGGGGGGCCGAGGCCAUGACCCCGGACCCGCUGACGCUGCAGAGGAUGGCGUGCGAGGUGGCCUGCGGUGUCCUGCACCUCCACAGGAACAACUACAUCCACAGCGACCUGGCCCUGCGGAACUGCCUGCUCACCGCCGACCUCACCGUCAAGAUCGGAGACUAUGGGCUCUCGCACUGCAAGUACAAAACCCUGCAUACUUGGCAGGACGACUACUUCGUGACGGCCGACCAGCUGUGGGUGCCGCUGCGCUGGAUCGCGCCCGAGCUCAUCGACGAAGUGCACGGCAACCUGCUCAUCGUGGACCAGACCAAGUCCAGCAACGUCUGGUCGCUGGGCGUCACCAUCUGGGAGCUGUUUGAGCUGGGCAGCCAGCCCUACGACCACUACUCCGACCGGCAAGUGCUCGCCUACGCCAUCAAGGAGCAGCAGCUCAAGCUGCCCAAGCCCCAGCUGAAGCUCUCGCUGUCGGAGCGCUGGUACGAGGUGAUGCAGUUCUGCUGGCUGCAGCCGGAGCAGCGCCCGACGGCGGAGGAGGUGCACCUCCUGCUCUCCUACCUCUGCGCCAAAGGGGCCACGGAAGCGGAGGAGGAGUUCGAGAAGCGCUGGAACUCCAUGAAACCCAACGGCAGCGCCAGCACCAGCCACCAUGGCCCCGAGCUCUCCUCCUUCCCGCUGCUGGAGCAGUUCUCGGCCGACGGCUUCCCCUCGGAUGGGGACGACAUCCUCACGGUCAUGGAGACCAGCCACGGCCUCAAUUUUGAGUACAAGUGGGAGCACACCAAGACCGAGCACUUCCAGGCGCCCUUGGGGUCCCUGAGCCCCAGCAGUGCCGCCCGCUACCACGACCUUUACUACCCGGCCACGACCGCGGGGCGCCUGAGCCUGGGGGUCUCGCCUUCCUGCUACGAGUGCAAGCCGGCGGGCUGCCCCGGCUUGCCGGCACCCGGCGUGGUGCCCAUCCUGGGCGCCCACAGCCCCUCGCUCGGCAGCGAGUACUACAUCCGCAUCGAGGGGCCCGGGGAGGGCAGCGCCGAGCUGGACUACGCCAUGUGCGCCUACAGCCCGGCGGGCGAGCGGGGGUCCCCGCGCCCCCCGUCCUGCUGGAGAGCCCAAGGUGCCCGGAGCGGCAGCGCCUACGACUCUGACAGCAGUCCCACCGUCUCCCUCAGCAUGGAGCCGCUGCUGGGCCACGCGCCGGUGGGCGAGGGGUCCUGGGAAUGCGCCGAAUAUUACCCUUACCCCUGCCCGGGGCAGGAGCCGCGGGGCUACGAGCCGUCCCCCAGCCACGGGGCUGAGGGGUACCUGCUGGAGGAGGAGCCCCCCCAGCCGGGCAGCCAGGACUGGCCCGUCCCCGCUUUCCAGCCCAGCAUCUUCGCCGACCCCCUGGGCGUCUCCCCCUCGGUGAACUGCGCCUACAGCCCCCGGGGGUACGGGGAGCGGCGGGCAGCCCCCCCGGGCGGGACCCGGCCGGAUUGCGUGGCGCUGGAGCUGGGUGAGGACAGCCCCCCCGGUGCCCCCCGCCCGCAGGGUGCGAGCCCCCCGUCUCCGCGGCAUCCCUGGGCCUCCAACAGCUCUUCCAACAACAACAUCAGCAGCGGCAGCCCGGCGUCCCGCGAGGCCCCGGCCGGAGACAGCUGGUGCUACCGCCGCAUGAUCACCUUCCGGGGGCUGAUGGCCAAGCCGCUGGGCACCGUGCCACGCGGCCAGCCCCAGCUUGGGGGGUCCCCGCCGGGAUGUGACUUCCGCCGCCCGCGGCAGGAUCAGCCCCCCGGCAUGGCCGGCGGCUCCUCCUCCCCGUGCCGCUCGCCCUCCCCGUGGCGCCAGGCCUGGCACAGCCGUGACUCAUCAACCUCCGGCCGCUCGCAGGCAGCAGCGCUGGCUGGCAGCCCCGGCACGCCGUGGGGCCCCGGCACGGCCCUGCCAGCUGGAGCAGGGGCCCAGCACGAUGCCCGCCCGGACGAGAGCGCGGAGGCGAGCAGCCCUGCCCGCAGCCCGCCGCCCCACGCCACGCCUGCACCGGGGACGGGGGAGGCCACCCCCAUGGCUGGCACCGCUGCCCCGAACCCCGGCCCCCCCGCCGAGCCUGGCACAGACGGCUCCCAACCCGCGCCGGAUACCUCCGAGGUGCCCGCACCGGUGCCCGGGGAGGCUGCGGCCGAGAGCGGCCCGUGUGCUGCCGGCGACGCGGACCAGACGCCGGACAAGACCUUCUCCAGCGCCAGCUUCCCCAGCGUGGAGGAGGGGAGCGACGAGGACACGGCGGAGCUGAACUCCGGUGUCUUCACCGACUUCUCCGGGGACUACGUGGAGCGGGCGGAGGCGGCCCCGGCGUUCAAGUCCCUGCAGAAGCAGGUGGGGACGCCGGACUCCCUGGAGUCGCUGGACAUCCCCUCCACCGCCAGCUCCUGCGAGGUCUUCAGCCCCACCGCCUUUGCGCCCGCCGGCCAGCCCAAAGCCCUCGACAGCGGCUACGACACCGAGAACAACGAGUCCCCCGAGUUCGUCCUCAAAGAGCCCCACGAGCCCCGAGAGCCGGAGGCCUUCAGCCAGCUGGGGAAGCCACCCCCGGGACUGCCGGGGGGCGAGGGCGAGGGUUCGGCCCCCGAAACGCGGCUCUCCACCUCCCUCGGGGCCGAGCUGCACAGCCUCGCCGAGAAGAACCCCUACCGCGACUCUGCCUAUUUCUCGGACUACGAUGCCGAGGCCGAGCGUGGCCCCAAGGAUGAGGAGGACAGCGACGGGUCCCGGACCCCAGAGGCAGAGGAAGGUCCCCGAUCCCCUGUGCAGGACCUAGGGCGAGCACCCGGGCUGGGAGAGGACCCACUGCACCCCCCGGGGGCACCCGGCAGCCCCCCGGCAGCGCCAGGUGUUGCGAUGGCAGCGGACGUGCCGGUGGUGGGGGUUUUGGUGGGGGACUGGCAGGGGGCAGGGGUCGGGACCCCCCCGGACGGCCCCACGGGGCAGGCGCCUGGCACCGAGCAGCGACCCGCUGGCACGGGGCUAGUGCCAGGCAGCUCCCCGUGCCCCGACGGAGACGCCUGUUCCCCGGGCACUGCGUCGCCCAAGACUUUCCUCUUGACCCCGGUGCCGGCGAGCCCCGGGGAGCCGGCACCCAUCGGAGGGACCUGCGUGCCCGAGGGCACCCCUGGACUUAGGGGAGCCGUAGCCGGGGGUGAACAGACUGUGCCCCCCGCGCUGGGGCUUGGGGAACCGGGGCUGGGGACUGGGGUGGGCGAUGCGCCAGGGGGUCCCAGCACGUUGCUACCGGGGAGCGAAUCGCCCCCGGGCUUCUCCCCACUCCCGUCCACCCGGGAGCUGCAGCCGGCCGCCCCCGAGCACCGUGAGGAGCCGGAGGAGGAGGAGGAGGACACAGAGGACAGCGACGAGUCGGACGAGGAGCUGCGCUGCUACAACAUCCAGGAGCAAAGCGAGGAGAGCGAGGAGGAGCCGGCGGCCGUGCCCAUCGUGGUGGCCGAGAGCCAGAGCGGCAGGAACCUGCGCAGCCUCCUCAAGAUGCCCAGCCUGCUCUCCGAGGCCUUCUGCGAGGACCUGGAGCGCAAGAAGAAGGCCGUCUCCUUCUACGACGAUGUUACCAUCUACCUCUUCGACCAGGAAAGCCCCACGCGGGAGCUGGCUGAGCAGAGCUUCCCAGAGCCCCCCCAGCCUCCGGGGCAGCCCCCCGCCACCGACAGCCCCCCCAGCCCGGCGGACAGGCUCGGCGCCUCGGAUGACUCCUCGGAGGGCAACGUGUCAGAAGAAACCCCCCGGCUCCGUGUCGCAGGCGGCGGCUUCGAGUGGGACGACGACUUUCCGCUCGUGCCGGUGAAGCCGUCCCUGAUGGCCGCGCUGACGGGGACGCCGGCGGAGCCGGAGCCGGCCGUGCCCGCGCUGGUGCCGGUGCCGGCGCAGAAGCAGGUGCUGCCCAUCCAGUUCUCCCGGUUCACCGUCUCGCCCGCCCCGGUUUCCCGGUUCUCCAUCACCCACGUCUCCGACUCGGACAUGGGCUCCAUAGGAGGCAGCGGCGAAGACGGCGACCGGGAGUGAGCCACCCGGGACAGCGGCCGGGCAUCGCCCCGGCACCGGCGGAGGACGGUGGGGCCGGGCGCGGGGUCCGCCCGUGGGCUCCUGGACCGCGCUCUGGAGGAUUUUGGUUUUUGUUUUUUGUUUUUUUUUUGUUUUUUUUUUAGGCAGAUUUUAUCAGAAGGAGCUCGUUUGCUGCUUCGAGCGGGAGCCGGGGCCGGCGUGGCCCGGGGCCAGGCGGUGGGUGAUGGCCGUGCGUGUGAGUGCGUGUGCGGGUGGCUGCGUGCGUGUGCGUGUAUAAAAUGACAUAUAUAUAUAUAGACAUAUAUAUAUAUAUAUAUAUAUAAAUUAUAGCGUUUAAAGGGUAGUGCCCUGACCUUGCUAACAUUUGCGGCGUGUCCCCCCGCUCCCCAGUGAAGUUUCCCCCCCCCCCCCGCCCUUGGCUUCUUGCCCUCGUGUGCUCCCCGAGGCGGUGUUUGCCCCCACACCCCCCUGCUGUCCCCCCCCGCCCCCCGACACCGGGCCGUGCACUUGGCCUUGUCCCCACUGCCGGUUGCCCCACGGUGUUCCCAAGCGAGGGGCUGCUGCUUGAUGUCACCCCCAGUGCACCCACUCUCCGUGCUGGGGGUGGGCAGCACAGCUUGGGGUGGGGGGGGCCAGGGAGCUCCCCCCGCUCUUGCUUUUUGGGGUGCAGUCCCGGCCUGGCAAGGGACCCCGAGGUCUGGUGGGACCCCCCCAUCCCGCUGUGGCUGGGAGCGGCAUGGGGAGGGCUGGCGGGGGGGGGGGUGGGGGUGUCACAGAUGCCCCCAUGAGGGGCAGCCCCCCGGGGACCUGCCGACCUGACUAUUUUUGUAUUUAAAGAAAAGGAUAAAAAAAAAAAAAAAAAAAAAGAAAACAGACAAAAUGACAAACCAACCCGAACCCACCCGAAAAAAACAAAACUUGCUGUUGACUGAACCCACAUUGAUGCGAUUUUAAGUUAUUGCUGCCAAAGAGACAUAAUGAGUCGGGGGGGGGGGGAGGUGGGGGGUGGGGCAGAGGGUGCUCGCGGUUCUUUGUUCAGGUUCUUUUUUUUUUUAUUUGUUGGUUUUUUUUUUUUUUUUAAUUAAUUUGAGGCUUAGGAUAAUUGUGCAAUUCCAGCUUCCAGAAGGAAAUGGAAGUAAGCGGAGCUGAGCGAAACCUUGAAAUCAGGGCUGGUGCCUUUGGGGUCUAUAGACCAAACCCUGAGGUGAGAGAUGACCCCCCCCCCCCCGCCCCCCCCACCCCAUGUCCUGCAGCCCCCCCCCCCCAGCUCCUGCCACCCCUGCAUGUGGGGCACAUGUCCUUGUGCACGACACACGUGUGCACAGACACACAUAUGCACCCACAUGGACUGGUGCCAAGGCGGGGGCUGGGGGGGGGGGGUGGGCUGUGCCCCCCACCCUGGGCCACUGUGCCACCUUGGCACAGCUCAGGGCCCAGCCUGGGACUCGCUCUCCCCCUUCUCCCCCCGCCGGGGUCCCCAGCUGGGACCCUCUCGGUGGUCAGGGGGCUGUGCCCCCCCACCCCACAGGGGACAGCCAGGGUCCCAGGGGGACCCCAACCCCAAAAUCCCGGGCAGCUGUGCCUGCCCUGUGCCCCCCCUUCCUGUUGCUUGUCCCACAGCAGCCGGUUGACGAAUCACCGAUUGCAAUUAUUUAAGUGUUUUAUUUAAGCUCCAACCUGGCUUGUGACCCCCCCACUUCCAAGCCCCCCCCCCCCCCCCGGCCUCAGCGCUGCUCUUGCUCUUCACUGGCUGCUUUGCAGCUGGGGUGGGGGACAAUCCCCCUCCCUAGCCCACCCUGGGGUGCAGCACCCAUCGGUGUGGGGUGGUGCAGGAGCAGGAUAUGACGGGGGGGGUUGUGGGUGCUCUUCCUGCAGCACCCACGCUGCUGCACAACCUCCCCCACCCCCCCACCUCUCUGCUACCCCUGCCGGCAUUGCCGGGGGGGCUUUGCUCAGCAUUACCGGGGGGGGGGGGGGGUUUUGCUCGACCCUCCCCUCUCCCCAGGCACCCAGAGGGGUGGGGUGCUGGUCCUGGCCCCCCCAACCCUCGUGUCACCCCCCUCCCUGGGCCUCCCCCCCCACAGCCCGGGUUUGGUCUAUGGCGCCGCAGGUCCCUGCCUCUGGAGGGCAGCAUGAGGACAGAGCUGUGUCUUGGAUAUAUAUAUAUAUAUAUAUUUUUUUUUUUUUUAAUAGAAAGGCUAUUAUUACAUUGUCUAUUUUAUCAAUACGGGUCAUAAUUGCUGUAUUUUUUAUCAGUGCUGAUUUCCAUACAGCUCCCAGCAUGUGUGUCAAAUAUCAUCGGGCCAAUAAUAAAGUUUUUAAAAUAUCUUAA